AUGAGGCGCGUCGUCGAGCGAAGGCAGGACAAUCCCGAAGACAUCGAGGACAGCAAAUGGCGCCGGAAGUCGUACGCUCUGGCGCAACACAAUGCCCUGCCCGUGCCCAUGCCCCUCCCCGCCUACCCCCCGCCCAAGGUGGUGCGGCUACCAACCACAGCGCCUGCCCGGCGGCCGAGGGCGUACCGGCCCCUUCCCCCGACGUACCGCCCGGCCAACGGCAGCAACCGGCCUCUAGCACCCACGCCUGAAGUACCCGCGGGGAUGACGCGCCUCCCGAGCCACCUCCCGCCCACACCCGAGCACCCCCGGCCCCCGGAGGCUGCGUCCACCGAGACCUUGGCCGCCAGCAGCGGGCCCGCAGUGCCCGUGCGCCGCCGCAACGCCGCACACCAGCGCCAGACUGCUUUGCCGUCGACGCCGGGGAACAUGGACGCAGAACACCUUCCUCCCACGCCGCCCCUCACCUCCUCCUCGUCUUCGCCGCCCUCGCCUACGA